AUGAAAGUAGUUUUCUGGAAUCUCAUAGGCCUUAGAAGAAUCAAGGCCAGAGAUAAACUUAGAAGUUUAGUAAAAUCUUUUAAUCCUUCUUUAGUUAUUCUUGCGAAACCAAAAGUUCACUAUUCUUCAGAUUUCUGUAAAAAGUUAAAGUUAGCAGGAAUGCAUUAUAAAGCCAUACACAAUUCAAGUAAUGGAGAUAAAGGUAAUAUAUGGAUUAUGUGGUGCUCAUCAAUUCAGAAACCAAAAGUUAUUCAUUCAUCGGAACAAUCAAUUAUAGUGGAAGUAGGGGACUCUUUGAUUACGGGUAUGCAUGCAGCAUCUUUAACUGUUCAAAGAAGAAGCUUAUGGAAUGACUUGUUAACUAUUAACAUUUUAGAUAAGCCAUGCUGUGGUCUGAUUCAAGCUCCAAAAAAUGGUAUUCUAUUCUCAUGGUGUAAUAAUAGAGCAGAUAAAAAGAGGAUUGUUUGUAAUUUAGACAGAGAUGUAUUUAAUGAUAAAUGGCUAGAAAAGUUUUCCAGUUGGGGGUACAAAGUUGGUAGUAGAGCUGUAUCAGAUCAUAGUACCUUAUGUGGAAGUUCUGCUGAAAUUCCAAAGCCAAUUAACACACCUUUUAGAGCAAUGAAAGUUUGGAAGUCUCAUCCUGAUUUUUUAAAAGUAAUUACUCAAUCUUGGGGGCAAUGUCUUGAAGGUAACCCUAUUUUUGUCUUUAUGAGUAAAAUGAAAAGAAUGAAAAGGGAUUUGAAGGAAUGGAACUGGUUGGUUUUUGGGGAUGUGAAUAAGAAAUUGAAACAGAUAGAGGAUGAAGUAAUGAAGACUACUGCUGAAUCAGAUGAAUAUCCCUCAAAUACAACUCUUCUAAAUAAGCUCAUUACUGUAAGGGGCCAACAAGAAAUAUUACUUCAGCAACAAAAAGAGAUUAUACAGCAGAAAUCAAGAGUGAGAUGGUUAAAAGAUGGAGCUUCAAACUCAAGAUAUUUCCAUAUACAUAUGAAACUAAGGGAAGCUCAAAAUAUGAUUACAGAACUUGAAAAUGAUGCAGGUAUAAUUAUUAUUGAUACAAAAGAGAUUGCAAAUGAGCUGGUAAAACAUUUUGAAACAAAAUUCAAAUAUCAGGAGGUUGAUAUAGAUGAAAUUCUUUUUGAGUGUAUUCCAAAUGUUAUUACUAGAGAAGAAAACAUGAUCAUUAAUUCCAUUCCUUCUGAAGAAGAAAUCAAAGCUGCAGUGUUUGAGUUAAAUCCUGAGAGUGCACCGUGGCCAGAUGGGUUUGCAGGUUGGUUUUAUAGGCACUCAUGGAUAGUAAUUGGUCAUGACUUUAUUAAGGCAGUUCAGUUUUGUUGGAGUAAAUGCUUUAUUCCAAAUGGCUUAAAUGCCAAUUUCUUGAAAUUACUCCCAAAAGUGAAGAAUGCAAAAACAGCUAAGCAAUUCAGACCAAAUGGUCUCAUGAACUUCAGUUUUAAAGUUUUUACCAAAAUUUGGGCUACAAGGUUAGAGAAUGUGAUUAACAAAGUAGUAUCUCCUCAGCAAGGAGCUUUUAUAAAAGAGAGAACAAUUCAAGAGCAAGUAGCACUGGCAUCUGAGAUGAUAAAUGAAAUUGACAUUAAGAGGAGAGGUGGAAACUUUGGUUUAAAACUUGGUAUUACUCAAGCAUAUGACUCCCUUAGUUGGAAAUUUUUAUUUCAAUCUCUACACAGCUUUGGUUUCUCAGAUGAACUACUACAAUGGCUGCAAGUUCUAUUACAAUCUGCAAGAGUAUCAGUAUUAGUUAAUGGAGGACCUGAAGGCUAUUUUGAAGUUGGUAGAGGCUUAAGACAAGGUGACCCAUUGUCACCUAUGUUAUUUGUACUAGUUGAAGAUAUCCUUAGCAGAAAUAUUACAAAAAUGAUUCAAGAUGGCAACUUGAAAACUAUGGUGAAUAAAGGGGGAGUGCAACCUUCUCACAUUUUCUUUGCAUAUGACAUCUUUUUUUUUUGUAAUGGUGAGAAGAAAAAUGUUAAGAAGCUAAUGAAUCUCCUUAACAAGUACCAAAGGGCAUCAGAUAAUUACCCAAUUUACUCAAUGUCAGUUUAUAAGUGGCCUAAGAAGGUUAUAAGGGAAUGUGAAAGAAUAAUUAGAAAUUUCCUAUGGUCAGGUGACCCUGCAAAAAGAAAAUUAAUAACUCUGGAAUGGAAUAAAACUUGUUAUCCAAUAAGUGAAGGUGGUCUUGGGUUGAGAAGACUGGAAAUUAUCAAUAAAGCUAUUUUAAUGAAGCUACCAUGGAGAAUUCAAAAUGAGAAUGAAGAUUGGUCAAGAUUUUUUCUGGCUAAGUAUACAAAUAAAAAAGGUGAAUGGAUUUCUUACUAUAAGAAGUCAUCAAUUUGGCCAGGCAUAAAGUGGAUUCUUGGAGAAUUAGAGGAAAAUUCCAGGUGGAUUGUUGGUGAUGGAAAGAAUAUAUCUGCUUGGAAAGAUAAUUGGGUGCUGGAGAAACCUCUACAAGAGUUAUAUCCUGAUAAUGGUUAUAUACUGCAAUUCCCAGAUAUGAAAGUUUCAGAUUUCAGACUUGAUGGUGAAUGGAUUCUGCCAACUGAACUCAUGUAA